CGCCGAGCUGGGGGGAGCGGCAGCGGCGGAGGCGGAGGAGGAGGCGGCAGUAUCAGGAUGAAGAACUUUACGCCAGGAGGGGGAGCCUCGUCCUUGGCUUCCAGGAGAAACUCCAACAAGGAACCCUGCCUUACGCACACAGAGGACGCUCCUGCCGCCCCACGGCCCACUGCUGCCUCCAGAGCUACCGAGACACCCUCUCCGGGCGAUGCUGCCCAACGUGGCGAGACCUGCAGAGCUUCUGGGGCGGAGGCGUCGGAAUCAGCGGUCGCGGUAGAGGUUUUAAACGCGACAGCGGGUGAUGGUUGCAACGGCGUCGCUCCAAUUUCCAGCAUGAAAUGCAACAAAAACGGAGAAUGCAGGAGGGACUCGGGUACCGGGAGCCUGCGCUCAAUCAUCUCCAAGACGGAGAAGCAGACCGGGGGAUCGGGGAGAGCAGAGGACGGGGGGAGCGCCAAGCGAGGAGCCUGUAACUCGACCACCGCCAGCAUGGACGGCUCGAUCACGCCAGGCGGGUCCCUGACCGGGGGGCACGGAGGAGAAAGCGCAAACCCCGGCGCAACCCCCGUGUCCAGCGGAGUCCCCGAGAAAAAGGACUCCAAGGUGUCCUUCUCUAACGCACCAAGCCGGAAAGCCUCGUCCUCGCUACACGGCCCGGCUCAGACUCAGACCCAGCAGCCGAGGAACUCUGUCACUUUCCAGAAGCCGGAGGAUGGCCCGGCAAUUGUGCCCGCCGAAGAUGCAGAACCUCGGGGAAGCCAAGCCAGCUUCAUGCAGCGGCAGUUUAGCAGUAUGCUGCAGCCUGGAGUUAACAAAUUCUCCUUGCGCAUGUAUGGUAGUCAAAAAGCAGUGGAGAGAGAGCAGGAGAGGGUAAAAUCAGCUGGAAAUUGGAUUAUCCACCCUUACAGCGAUUUCAGGUUCUACUGGGAUUUUACAAUGCUGCUUUUCAUGGUGGGCAACCUGAUCAUCAUCCCCGUGGGCAUCACCUUCUUCAAGGAGGAGACCACGACGCCCUGGAUCAUCUUCAACGUGGUGUCCGAUACCUUCUUCCUCAUGGACCUUGUGCUUAAUUUUCGCACUGGAAUCAUCAUUGAGGACAACUCAGACAUCAUUUUGGACCCUAAAACCAUUAAGAAGAAGUACUUAAAAACUUGGUUCAUUGUAGACUUUAUCUCCUCCAUCCCAGUGGAUUACAUAUUUCUUAUAGUAGAGAAGGGGAUCGACUCAGAGGUGUACAAGACUGCUCGGGCCCUGAGGAUCGUCCGCUUUACCAAGAUCCUGAGUCUCCUGAGGUUGUUGAGGCUCUCCAGAUUAAUACGCUACAUCCACCAAUGGGAAGAGAUCUUUCAUAUGACCUAUGACCUAGCCAGUGCGGUGAUGCGGAUCUUUAACCUGAUCGGUAUGAUGCUGCUGUUGUGUCACUGGGAUGGCUGCCUACAGUUCCUGGUCCCCAUGCUGCAGGAGUUCCCAUCAGACUGCUGGGUGUCCCUCAACAAGAUGGAGAACGACACCUGGUCAGAGCUGUACUCCUUUGCUGUUUUCAAAGCAAUGAGCCACAUGCUGUGCAUUGGUUAUGGCCGCCAAGCCCCGGAGAGUCUAUCAGAUAUCUGGCUCACUAUGUUGAGUAUGAUUGUAGGAGCUACGUGCUAUGCUGUUUUUAUUGGCCAUGCAACAGCUCUCAUCCAGUCCCUGGACUCCUCCAGACGGCAAUAUCAGGAAAAGUACAAACAAGUGGAGCAGUACAUGUCCUUCCACAAGCUGCCUGCUGACUUCCGACAGAAAAUCCACGAUUACUACGAGCACAGAUACCAGGGCAAGAUGUUUGAUGAGGAGAGCAUCCUGGGAGAACUCAGUGAGCCCCUGAGAGAAGAAAUUGUGAACUUCAACUGUCGCAAGCUGGUGGCGUCGAUGCCGCUGUUUGCCAACGCAGAGCCAAACUUUGUGACCGCCAUGUUGACUAAGCUACGUUUUGAGGUAUUCCAGCCACAAGAUUACAUCAUCCGGGAGGGCACUAUUGGCAAGAAAAUGUAUUUUAUCCAGCAUGGAGUCUGCAGCGUCAUCACCAAGGGAACGCUUGCAAUGAAACUCUCCGAUGGCUCUUAUUUUGGAGAGAUCUGCUUAUUGACGAGGGGUCGGCGAACAGCCAGCGUGCGAGCGGAGACUUACUGUCGACUUUACUCUCUGUCUGUUGACCACUUCAAUGAAGUGCUGGAAGAAUACCCCAUGAUGAGAAGAGCCUUUGAGACUGUUGCCAUUGAUCGUCUAGACCGCAUAGGUAAAAAGAACUCCAUCCUGAUGCACAAGGUGCAGCAUGAUCUCAACUCUGGUGUCUUCAACAACCGGGAGAAUGAGAUGAUUCAGGAGAUCGUCAAGUAUGACCGUGAGAUGGUAAAACUAGUAGACCUGCAGCGGCCACGGGCCAUGUCUAUGACCCCUUCGCUUGGUGGCAUCUUUGCCCCUCCGGGUCAGCAGCAGACAGGCUCUGCUAUUGCCACCCUCCAGCAAGCUGUGGCCAUGAGCUUCUGCCCUCAGAUGGCAAGUCCUUUGGUGGGUCCAGGGACUCUGCAGUCUCCCCGCAUGGUGCGAAGGUUUCAGGUGAUGCAGAACCUCUCCAGUCCAGUCUCCAUGUCUCCUCUGCAGUCUCAGCCCCCUCUGACGCUUGGAGGGGCAUUUGGAUCUGCAAUUUCGAGUCCCCCGGUCCAAAGCCCGCUUGCAGCUUCAGGACGGACUUUCCAGCACAUGGCAAGCGUGGGACCCUCUGGGUCCCAGCUGUCCCUAGUACAGCAUCAUGCACCAAGCCCCACACAGACCCAGCAGAGGCCUGCCUCACACAAGAGCACCCACUCCCUGCAUAUGGGGAGCUUGAGUCAGGACACCCGUGCCCUGUCGGCCUCCCAGCCUUCACUCCCCCAGGAAGGAACACCGCAAGCUGCCUCUGCAGCCCCUAGCCCCCCGCCCUCCACUCGCACCUCCAACACCUCCAUUGGACCUCCGCAGCCCCCUCACUCCAGCAUGCCAGGGCCCUCAGGGGUGGGGAGAUCCUCGGGAGCCCAACAGAGGGUGGCAUUUGCCUCCACACCUCCUCCCACUGGACCUGCUGGAAUGGGGGCAGUAGCAGCAGCUGCUGGAUCAGGACCUCCAGACUCUGGAGCUCCCAAGAAAGAUUCAAUUGUCAGCCUUCCAGAGCUAGACUCUGCCAGAUCCCGGCUGUCUUCCAACUUGUGACCCUGGUAGAGUUCGAGAAAGAGGCCUUUUUUGUAGGAGAAUCUAUUCGGUUUAGGUCAGUCCAGCUGAUCUGUCAGCUUGCUGAAUGACCAAUCAGCUACCGCCAGCGCCACCAGUUAUUGGACCUGGAUGCACUGUGUGCUGGUGCCAGCAGAAGGAAAAGAGCUACUCAAAGUCUUGAGACACUUUGGCUAGGAGGAGUCUAUACAAUUAAGCUAGAAUAACUUAAGGUUGAACUGGUCUAGUCUACUGUGCCAGCACCUUUAGUCUUAGUAUCACCCCUUUCACUCUGCUUCCAAACACCUACUGUAUAUCGCUGUCUUUUCUGUAAAGAUAUGAAGAAAAGUAUGAUUGAUGUAACUAUUGCAUACUGUGUAGAAUCCAUGCAAUGCAAUCUAGCAGGAGCUGGACUUAAACUGAAAAUCAGGGACUUGAGGUCAAAUGACAAUGACAUUUUAAGCGUCCAAAAGUGUUUUGAGUGUAACUUUUCUGUAUAAGCUGUUGUAGCAAAAGAACACAUUGCUCUUCAUAUUGUUUCAAAUAGUAAUGGAAAUAGUGUUUUAGACCGCUGGUCGAUCUUACAUCGAUGUGUAAAUAGUUGAUGAAAAAAGUACGGAAGGAUAUUAUAUUCAUCGUAUCUACCCAAACCAAAGUUGAGCUUGAACACCAAGUCUGGUUGUGUCUGUAUCAACUAAAAAAAAAAAAAAGAAAAAAAAAAAAGAAACAUCGAAGAAAAUGCCAUUUAUUUAACUGCCUUGAUUCAACAUUAGAAGCCAUAUAUUUGGUUUGUGUGUAUGUAUACAUGUGGGUGUAAGUGUGUGUGCGUGAGUUUGUUGAUAUGUUUUGGUUCCACUUUCAGAGAAUGGACUCACACUCUACACUGCACGGUUGGUUUGACAUGCCGAUGGUGGUGCUGACCUGCUUUCGUGAAACACCUCUGAAGCCGGUCGGCUGUUUGGUGGGUGGCUGAUUGUAACCCUGAAGGCAAAGGUGGUUAAAAUAUCUGAGCUUUACUCGAAGGAAACAUUUGUGAACAACCCAUACUGUAUACUUGCUUGUUUCUGUCUAGGUUUAUUGAUUAACACAUGCAAUAUAAUUCUGCAAUACUCUACCCCGCCUAUAUAUAUAAAUAUAUAUGAAUAUAAAUAUCUAUACAUAUGCUGUACAGGAAAGUGAACUUCUUUCUUUUUCAUAUUGUUUUGUUUUUAAUGUGAAAUCUUAAAGAAUCCAGCAGCUAUUGUGGCUUCACUUGAGGUAUUGUAAUCCAGUGACCAUGUUGUUACCUUAACCAAAAAUGCUUGAGAGAAUGAAAGGACUUGUAGUGUAACUCUUAUUUUGUUUUGUUUUGUUAACACUUGAGAGGAACAAACUGUUUAAUUCUGGUUUCACGUCACAGGAAGAAUCCACGCUUUGAGUUCAGCGGGUCAGAACCUUAAAAAGAAGAAAAAAAAAUCAGUUUAGCUAAACUAACUCUCUCUGAUGUUCAAUUGUGAGAUGAAUGGGGGUUGAGGGUAGGCAAUAUGGGGGCAUAAAAUGCCUCAGAUGUAAAGAAAAAAACAAGAAAAAAAAGAGAAAAAAACGUACUUGCUCUAUAUCAAAGUCUUUAUGUGUCCCAUUUCACCCAAAACUCCCAUGAAUGUCUCAACAUUUAGGGUUGAGGCUUGGAUAGCUGGUUAUAUUUACUCUAAAUACUCUGAUCCUGUUGAACCUGAAAUACUUCUCUUGCUGAAUGUAUGCCAUACGAGAAGGAAGACAGCUAAUCAGAUAUAAACUGCCAUGUAAAUAAAGGGACAGUGAUUUAAA